CAAAUCAGCAAAUAUUCUUUUAAACAGCAGUUACACAGCAAAAGUAUCUGAUUUUGGAGCAUCAAGACUGGUUCCACUAGAUCAAACACAAUUAUCUACCAUGGUGCAAGGAACGUUUGGAUACUUAGACCCUGAGUACAUGCAAACGAACCAAUUGACAGAGAAAAAUGAUGUUUAUAGCUUCGGAGUAGUCCUUGUGGAGUUAUUAACAGGAAAAAAGGCAUUGAGCUACGACCGGCCAGAGGAGGAGAGAAAUUUAGCCAGCUAUUUUCUUUCCACACUGAAGCAAGGCCGCUUAUUCCAAAUUCUUGAUGAUAAUAAUAUAUGUGAAGGAAACAGUGAGCAGUUAAUAGCAGUUUCUAUGCUUGUGAGAAGGUGUUUACAUGUGAAAGGGGAGGAUAGACCUAGAAUGAAGGAAGUAGCUAUGGAACUUGAAGGUUUGAGACUAUCAGCAAGACACUCAUGGGAGCAAACUGAACCCUAUGCAGAAGAGAAGGAAUCCCUUCUUUCUGUUGAAAUGAAUACCUUAGCAAAUGGUGAGGGUAAUAGCGCACGCACCGGAUUUGAUAGCAUCAGAGAUCAUAUUACUUUACCUAUGGGUGGUGCGAGAUGAUACUGUAUUGGUAAUAAAUAAAGGGAAAAAGUUAAUACAUGGUGGCUUUUCAAAGCCUGAUUCUCUAGCAUAAAGAUCGAUGUAGAUUUGAGUUUUGCUAAUUUUGUAAGAUUAGCAUAAUAUUUGUUAAUUCUUGUAUGGGAAAUCUAUGUAAUAAGCCUUAUUCUGUUGACAUUA